UACCUUCGCCAUUCUGGGUACAAACUAAAACCAAGGAAAAUUCCCUACCUGCUAGGUCUGAUUUAGAAAUCAUGGUAUUUUGUAUCGUUCUAGGUGAUAACACUGAAACUGCUUUCCCGAUUACACUUCCUAUUGACAAGAAACAAGUCAGUAUUUCUGACGAAAAUGUCGAAAGAAUGAAAAUUCUUAAUACCAAGCCUUCUUCUGAUAUUAAAAUUGAAGAACUUGGAGGUAAUGUUAUGUCCUCUAGGAAAAAAAUUCAAUUUUACUUCCCUGAAGAUUCAGUCGAUGAACCUAUCUACAUAAUAAUUGUCUGGCUACAACUGCCUGCCACCACUGGAAAGAGAAGACUGGAAGAGGAUAAGGAAGGUGGAAGUCGAAAGAGAGGAAAAUCUGACUAUCCUUUAGAAUCAAAGGAAGGCCAUGAUAGUCUUAUUUCUAUUUCAGGAAAUAGAUUAGAUGAAAUCAUUAAAUUCGUGGAAAUGAAUCGCGUUGGACUUUUGCGAAGUCCACCAUCAUCAGGAAAAACUACCUUAGGUCAGACGCUUCAAGACUAUUUUUCUAAUUGUGGUAGUUUCUACAUAAGUCUAGCUGGGUUAGGUAGUAGAAAGCAAAUAACCGAGGAAUAUUUUGAAAAUUUCUGGAGGAACGAAGUUGGUUGUAGCUGGACAGAAAUCAGUGAUAACACAGGGACCAUUUAUGUUUUCAUAGACGAAAUACAAGUUAUUUGUGGUAAUCGUGCUGAUUACUUUUGGGCUGAGGGAGAACUCAAAGAUCUUACAAGAUUUUAUGUUCGGAUGCGCGUUUUGGGUGGUAACCCAUUGUUUAAGAUUCCCCAGAAAAUUGCAGAUGCGAUCUUUUCUCUUACUGGAGGUCAUGUAGGCUUGUGUCGAUUUAUUUUGGAUUUGCUAUACACUCAUUAUAAGGAUAAAUCAAAUUAUUUUCUAGCUGAAAAAAAUGAUGAAGCUUUGAUAAUAGGAAUGUUACGUUAUCUUGCUUCACCAAGUCUAACUAUUAAUGUAAUGAAAGGUUCACGUGCAUUUUAUUGGAUUGAUAAUUGGAAUCCAACUGAAGAAGAAGCCAAAUUUAUUCAAAAUGUAUUACUUAACAAUCAAGCUAGUAGAUCCUUUCCUGUUGACUUUAGUACAGAUAGUGUUGCCAAGAAUUUUGUCAGAAUAGGACUUUUUGUAACAGAUUCUGGACAAGUACAGUUCACUGCCCCUAUCUUUCGAGUUGUAAUGAGUCACCACUUGUUUACCUCACCUCUUAUAAAA